ACCGACGAAACGGAGGGAUCUGAUUGGCUCAUGUGUUGUUGGCGUAGCUAAGCCUAAAACGACAUUGAGAAGAAAUUACCCACUGUUUGAUAUUACGUAUACAUUAACCCCUCAGUUUAAACAAGGACAUACCAUAUCGCAUUGUUAUCAUAAAGAGAACUCCUGGUCAAGACAGAAUAUUGACAGCAACCACUUACCUGCAUUCUGCACUGAUUUCUGAAGCGUAUUUAAGGGCCAUUUGUUCACUAAGUGUUGUAUCCUGCCACGGAGUAUGUCAGUGGCUCUUCUCAUGCGAUAUGCCACAUUCAGUAGAUCCCGUGUCUGCUGCAAAGCUGUCCUUGGCAUAACCGGCAUCCACCAAGAAGACCCGAGAAGGGCUCUACACACUCCAUCAUCUCCUCGGUGCAGCAACUCUCGCUUUGAUCCAGACAGCAGUGGUCGUCCAACUACCUGGGACUCCUUUGGGAACUGGGACAGCCGAAUUGAUGAGCCCAUCUUGCUUCCGUCGAGCAUCCGAUAUGGUAAACCUAUUCCCAAAGUUAGCCUGUCCAAGGUGGGCUGCGCUUCACAGAUUGGCCAGCGGAAGGUGAACGAAGACCGCUAUCAGCUAUCGCAGAUGACGGACAACAUCAUGUACUUUGCAGUGUUUGAUGGGCAUGGAGGUGCAGAGGCUGCUGAUUUCUGCCACAAAAACAUGGAGAAGCAUAUUAAAGAUAUUACUGAGGAGGAGGAUAACUUGGAAUUAGUUUUAACCAAAGCAUUUCUUGAGGUGGACAAAGCGUUAGCAAGGCAUCUUCACUUCAGUGCAGAUGCCUCUCUGUUGAGUGCAGGGACGACGGCCACAGUGGCACUGCUCAGAGAUGGGAUCGAGCUGGUGGUGGGCAGCGUGGGGGACAGCAGAGCCAUGCUGUGCCGCAAAGGCAAACCCCUCAAUCUCACUGUGGAUCACACGCCUGAGAGAAAGGAUGAAAAAGAGAGGAUACGCAAGACAGGAGGUUUUAUUUCAUGGAAUAGUUUUGGUCAACCGCACGUCAAUGGCAGACUGGCCAUGACACGCAGCAUUGGAGAUUUCGACCUCAAGACGUCAGGAGUCAUUGCAGAACCAGAGACUAAGAGAAUUUCAUUGCAUCACGUCCAUGACUCCUUUCUGGCUCUCACCACUGAUGGCAUCAACUUCAUCAUGAACAGUCAAGAGAUCUGUGACAUCAUUAACCAAUGUAACGAUCCUAAAGAGGCCGCACAACGCAUAUCUGAGCAGGCUCUUCAAUACGGAGCUGAAGACAACAGCACUAUCAUUGUGGUGCCGUUCGGUGCUUGGGGCAAACACAAAAGCUCUGACGUGAGCUUCUCCUUCAGUCGCAGUUUCGUCUCCAGUGGCCGAUGGGCCUAAGCAGAAAUAAUAAGACCAUGAUGGUUUAACUGAAACACAGAAGUAGCUCCCGUGUGUGAAUUUACCAAUGUGCAAUAUUCUCCUGUGAGGAUCACCUCAAAAAAAGACCAUUACAGCCAGAACCCACAUUUACUGUGGAGUUGAUAUUGACUCAACAAGCAUUGUUCAUUUCUGAACCAAUGGAGUUGAAGUUCCCCUGAGGUUCGAGUUUGUCCUUGUCUUUUAGCUCCUUACCUUCAUUUGGUUACCUCAGUUUUGGUUUUCACUUUUGCAGAUACUAUAUUUUAAAAUAAUGCGCUAUAGUGGAAUCCACAACUGUUCUCCCUACCGUAUAAUCCCAUUUCAUUUUCAGAAGAGGAAUUUUAAGCACUUUCAGAUUUUGAGAGGUUCUGUUAUUUUUGUAAUCCUCAUAACUGUAGUCUUUGAAUGUGAAACGACACGCUGAAGCACAUUUCAGUGGUCUAUACAGGCUUUGUCUGAUGGCUGUGCACAUUCAGAAGCCCAUAUUUACAGAGUUAGACCACUUUACAUACUAUGUAUACUAAAUUGUGGACUUCUAUUCCUUGUUGAAGCACAUAUUUGUAUAACUUUGUCUCCUGUUCAAAAUGUGAAUGUUCAUGUUUUAUUCCAGCUUAACCACCAGCAAUUUCAAAGCUACUCUAAGAAAUGUUCCUACUAAAGGGAAUUCACGGCCCAACUUUGAGCAACAUUUGCAAAUGAAUUGAUGAUUUUUCUGUGCCUUUUCCAUAAACGUGUUGUUUUCUGACAUGCUUGAGUCGUUCUGGUAAGGAACUAAUCUUUAGGUUCAUAACGUAAGUUUUAAACUGUGACUUGUGCUUGUUUAGUGUUAUUAGACAAUUUCUUUUGAAUGUACAGUUCUAGACAAUGCAUAGAGCAAAGUCCAGAUUUGUGAUUUAUGUUAUUUAUAUAAUGUAUAUGAUGGACAGUUAAUUCUAUGGUAUAUGCGAUUGUAUGUUAUAUUCAAGUACGUUUAGUUACAGCAGAGAAGUGAGUUUCAUUCAUUCAUUCAUUCGCUGACAUGAUUGUUGUAAUUGCAGACUUUCUGCUAUAACUUUAAAACCUAAAGCUUUUGAUCGGGAAGGCUUUGAUUUCCAAUGAUUUUUUUUUAUUUGUAGAGCCAUACACAUGUGUCCUCAUCAAGUCAGCAUCUCUGUUCGGUGGAUCUGUUCAUAUUCUGAUGCUGUUUCCUGAAUUGAUUUGAACACUCUUGUCAUUCUCAUUCAGCAUUUCCUAUCAUUUUAGACUUUUAACAGCCUUUUGCCUUUAAUGUCUUCCUCUUUAAAGUUCAAAAGCACAUUCAGUAUGACAGUGGUCUUUUAUCUCCAUAUGUACUGUUCUUCAGUUAUUAUGUUUCUGUCAGAAUGUAUUCUAUUCAGUGUUAAUACUUCUGUUUGUGGAUCUUGCCUAGAACAAUCUUUAAAACAACUGCAAGUGUUUCCUGCUCUACACAUGGACCUAACUUUGCUUUAUUGAUAUGCAGAUAUUGUGAAAUGUAAUGCAGCUGGAAAUAAAGUUUCACCAGAAACAUCUCUGUUGGAUAAACACGAA